AUGGCUUAUAUUCAAGUAACAUAUGUUGAACCUUAUUUUGAUACAUCAGAAUUACAACGACGUUUAACACAUUUUGAAAAAAGCUAUGGCCUCAAACGUUUCAUGUAUGCCACUCCUUUUACAAUGGAUGGACGAGCUCAUGGUGGACUCAAUGAACAAUACAAACGAAAGACAAUAUUAACCACAGAACGAGCAUUUCCAUAUGUCAAAACACGAAUAUCUGUUAUUGAACGAGAACAAUUAAUCUUGACACCAAUUGAAGUUGCUAUUGAAGAUAUUCAAAAGAAGACCGAUGAAUUAAAAGUGUCCACAACGCAAGAGCCAGCUGAUGCUAAAAUUUUACAAAUGGUCAUUCAAGGGUGUAUUGGUACUACAGUAAACCAAGGACCAUUAGAGGUUGCAUUGACGUUUCUCACACCGGUUGUUGAAGGAAAAGAACAGCCAACAAUACACCAUAAUAGAAUUAGACUAUGUUUUAAAGAAUUUACAAGACGUUGUGCUGAGGCAUUGAAACGAAAUAAAACAUUAAUUGGACCAGAUCAACGCGAAUAUCAAAAAGAAUUGGAGCGAAAUUUUCUUCGAUUUAGUGAACGAAUACAACCAUUAAUCUCUUGUAAACCAGUUCGAAAAGCAAAAAGGUUUGAGAAUAUUAAAUGA